AUGAGCCGAGCGGCAGCGUUGGAUUGGCCUCGAGGGUCACGAUUUCUCCUCCACAAGUAUGAGCGAAUCGGCAUCCCUACCUGCCCCUGCUAUCCUCCUAUAAAAAAACCAUGUUUCUCGGCCCCGCAAGGACGUUUCUCGUCCACAUCCUCGGUCCAGCGGCAGAAUGGUGUUACGUCCCUAGAACCAAAUGAAUAUCAGAAACAGCUGGGCCGCACCGCGAAGGAGAAGCUAGCGGAUAAAGAUUUCUUUUUCAGUCUGCUAAGCUCUGCAUCGACGAAACGAGAAGCUAAAUCGUAUCUCUCCCGCUUCAAAGUUGAAAAACCAGCGCCUGCGAAACGCCUACCAGAAAAGCGAGGUGUGGACUAUGUCUCUACCAAUUUUGUUCAGUCAGGGGUGAAUUUAGGGGGAGGGAUGUUUGGUAUGGCAAGAGCGGUGGAUAAUCAUCCGGUAUUUCGACAGGAAGCUACACCGGAAUUAUCACCGCCAAUGGCAGCGGCGUCAGAGGAACGGCUACACAUCGCUCUGGUUAAAAUUCGUGAGCCCCAAUUCCUAAACGACCAAACGCUUGGAGAGGUUGGGCGGACAUUGUCACAACUUUCCUUACUUGGAAUGGGCUGCUGCGUCGUAAUUGACCCCGGCUUACCCCAAAGUGACCCAUCCUGGAGGAGCCGGUCAAUUGAACAGGCCGAUCGUAUGCUAGCGGCUAUUGACGCAAAUAAUGACUUGGACUCUCGACGACUAGACGAUGUGAUACGCGUAGCGUCUUCUUCUAAACAUGUGCUUUCAGUACCGUCUAGGGAGUUGAUUCUUUCUCCUCUGCGUCGGGGCAGAAUUGUAGUGAUUCCGCCUAUUGGCUACACGGAAAAUACGCUUCGAGCGGGACCUGUUCUUGCAGAUGACGUUGUAUUGGCAUUAACCAAGGAAUUUACGGGAUUGAGUGUCAAAGCACGCCCCGAUGACAACCCUCAUGAACUGGCUCGGAGGAUUUCUCAGCUCCAAGAAGAAGUCUCCGUCGAUAGGCUUAUUAUUUUGGAUCCUGCUGGAGGUAUCCCGUCCCUCAAAAGACCUUCGAAAUCGCACGUUUUCGUGAACUUGGAGCAGGAAUUUGAGGAGAUUAGAGACGAGCUACAAGAAGGAAUGCUAGCGGACGAUUCCCUAGAUCCAGAUGAUAAAAAUGGAAGACAGCAGCAAGUAUCGUCGCUGGCGAGAUCUAAUCCAUUUUCAACAUUUGUAGAGAGGGAAGUUGUGUCUUUACCUCGUGGGCAAGAGGCUACCGUCAGUGAUCGAUCUAAUAUUCGCACUGCUGACCUUGAGACGCAUCUCGACAAUUUAAAACUUCUACAUAGCGCGCUUACAUACCUCCCGCCAUCAUCGUCCGGCAUUAUCACAACCCCCCAAGAUGCAGCGAACUCAGCAAGCUCAUCCCGAGACCCAUCACAGUUAUCAACAGUUGCGACCCGACGGCAGCGGAACCCCUUGAUCCACAACCUGCUGACAGAUAAGCCCAGCCACUCCGCUUCUCUUCCAGCUGGAAGGUUAGGCGCCAAUAACGGUUCUUCACCCUACCAUACCAUCCCCGUAACGCAUUCGACGUUUGUUAAAAAGGGGAUGCCCUUGACAAUGUUUCCCGACCCACGAGUGCACAUCUGGAAACCUCCAAUAAACGGGGAAUCCCAGAUGACACUUAAUGAUCCGCAAAUUGAUCUACCCCGCCUCGUCCAACUAAUCGAGGAUUCUUUCAAUAGAAAGCUUGAUGUCCAGCACUACCUCAACCGCGUCAGUGAUCGUUUGGCUGGUCUCAUUAUUGCAGGCGAGUACGAGGGCGGAGCUGUUUUAACCUGGGAACUCCCGCCAGGUGUACCCAACGACGGAAGCGAGGAGAGUCGAUCACGAAUGGUUCCCUAUCUUGAUAAAUUCGCCGUUCUCAAACGGAGUCAGGGGGCGGGCGGUGUGGCGGACAUUGUAUUUAACGCAAUGGUUCGAACAUGCUUGCCCAAGGGCGUGUGCUGGCGGAGCCGUCGUGAUAAUCCAGUGAAUAAGUGGUAUUUCGAGCGGGCUAAGGGGACGUGGAAACUUCCCGGGUCGAAUUGGACCAUGUUCUGGACGACUGAUGAUGUGCCGGAGAACGAUAGGAUAUUUCGGGAUUAUGAGGGUAUUUGUCGGGGGAUUGAGCCUAGCUGGGCUGACAAUAAGCAUGUGGUCGAGUAA